AUGCAUCCUAAAAUGUAUGAGGCUGCAAAGUCAGGACACUUUCUUUCCCUAACGACAAUAAUUUUGGAAAAUGGAGAGGAACUUUUCCACCAGACAACGCUAAAGGGGAACAACAUUCUUCACGUUGCGGCUCAAUACCGGCAGAUAAAUUUCAUCCGAGAUCUUCUUCAACAUCCAUCGAGAUUGUCCCUUCUUCAGCAAGGUAACUGCAAAGGAGACACCCCCUUACAUGUUGCUACUAAAGUAGGAAGCCGUGAAGUUGUUCAAGUUUUCACUGAUCAGGCAAAAGCACUGCUUCAACCUAAUGAAUACAAAGAGCUACUUAGGAGACCGAAUUCAUAUAAGGAUACCUCGCUGCACUAUGCAGUGAGAGGAGGUUGCAAGGGGGUGGUGGAGUUGCUGAUUAAAGAAGAUCCUCAACUAUGUGAUAUUACUAAUGCUGCUGAUGAGUCCCCGCUUUAUCUCGCAGCACAUCAAAAAUGUUCAGAUGUCAUUGAGCCAAUUUUAUGCGCUAACUCGUCGCCAUCCUCUCACAAGGGCCCUAAUGGACUGACAGCUCUGCAUGCUGCAGUGCACUUCGAACUACCAGAGUCUAUACUUGCUCCAAUGGCUGUGUCGGAAGCCAAAAAUGGAAAAGAGGGAAUGGAGAGGGACACUAGAGGAGUGGAAAGACAAGAAGUAGGAGAGUUGGAGGGAAAUCUCGGACAAGAGACCAGAAAUGAUCGAGAACAAGAUGAUAUAGGAUGGACUCCUCUCCAUUUUGUCGCUUGCUUUGGCAAAGGCGAAACAAUUCGACUACUCCUACAAUAUGACAAUUCUGUAGCAUAUGUUGUAGACAAAGAGGGGCAAUCAGCUCUUCACAUUGCAGCAUUUCGAGGCCAUGUCAAUGUGAUUGACGAGCUUCUUAGAUCCUGUCCUGAUCCUUGUGACAUACUGAACACCAAAUGGCAAACAGCUCUUCAUGCAGCUGUUAUCGGAGGACGAGCAAAUGUUGUCAAGUACAUAUUGGGGAUGCCAAUCCUAGAGGAUUUAAUCAAUGAACAAGACAUUGACAGAAACACCGCUCUCCAUUUGGCUACACUUCAUAAACAGUACAAGAUCAUAUACUUACUUGCACGAGACAAGAGGGUGGACCAUUUGGCCACAAACAAGGAUCAUUUGACUGCCAUUCAAAUUUUUCAAGGUCAUAAAGAGGUCGGCUACAAAGCUGCCAAAGUUGAACAUGUGUUGCAACGAUCUAGUGCAAUCUCGGGUUGUCAAGGCUGGGUUAUUGAACAUGUUAAGAAGAGGUUAGACCAUCAAUUUGUUGAGGAUCUACCAGCAAUGUCUAUCACCGACCGAGAAAAUCAUAAAUCGUCAAAAGAAAAAAUAAUUGACCUUCAAGUUCUAGUGGCAGUGCUCAUAGCCACAGUCACCUUCGCAGCGACCUUUACGAUGCCCGGAGGUUAUAACAAUGAUGGACCCAACUCAGGAAUGCCUACUCUUGCUGGCAGGGCAGCUUUCAAAGCCUUUGUUAUAUCUAACACUACUGUAUUCAGUUUAUCCAUCCUGGCGAUAUUCUUACAAUUUGAUAUUUCUACGUUGGGCGCUCGCCAACAGGUGAGAUAUUAUUUCACCGCCAAAAAUUGCAUUGUUGUUGCGAUAAUCGCGAUGGGGCUAGCCUUUGCUUUGGGUACGUAUGUAGUCUUGACCAGAACUGUCGGGAUUGGAAUCGUUCCUUAUGUCAUGCUUGGAUGUCUCGUGAUUAUAUAUUUAAUCGGUGCUUACCUGGAACCCGAGGCCCCUGCUUUCUGGGGGCUGCGUGGACCUUCCAGAGGAUACGUCCGAAGCUUAUUGUUUGAUUAUGGGUUCCUCUAGGAAAGCUGCUAAAUAAGUUGGGCCUGUCGGUUCUAUAGUCCCGUAACCUUGUGCACGUGAAAUUUUCUGUUUGCUUCGUCAGCUGUCGAGUUCGAGCACUUGUAUGUUGGCUGUCUAAUUCAAAACCUCUUACUGCCGGCCCGUUGGAUUGCGUGCCGGAAAAAUUGCCAUGCUCAAGAUGACUGGAGCGCUGCAAAGACCAACAUGUUUUACUUCUCGUGCGUGUGAAGGAUGUACUUGGAUCAAAAAAAAAAAAAAAGAAGGAUGUACAAGUCGAUUGAACAUCAAGUUGGAAAUGUUUGGUGAUAAUCGUUAGGUUGAAACGAAAGUGUUGGAG